UCCCGCGCACUCGUGUUAGAUCUCGAUGGCGACCAAGAUGUGCCUGAGAGACGAGCCGCGAAAUGCCUAGCUGUAUAGUGUCCGAUUUCCCGUGAAUUCACCGUGAUCUCUGUUUAUUCGAUGCGAGCGGGAAACACUUUGCAUGCCUUCUGCGUGUCAAGUCGCUUUUAUUAUUACGGUGGAUCGACGCAGUGUAUAUAUUUCGUCGUGAGUGUGGUGCGUGUGUGCGUCGUGUCGAAGUGUCGAGAGUUCACGCCGAAUCAUCGUCGUCGCUAAGAAAGAGCGAGAAAGUAAGGACGAGAAAGAGAGCUACGAUGUGUCUGCGUUUCAGUCCGUACCAUUUUUUCGUCAAUAGUUGACAUUUUCGAGCAUGGAACAUCGGUCUCGCCGAAGAGACGCAUCGUCAUCACGGCAUUAGCAAAUACAAGCACCGUCGGAUAUACCGAGUUUGGAUUAACCAUGUCUACUAAGAGGCAUUGUGGGCCUAAAUUAAAUAUAGAGCGCAAAAUAAUACGUGAAGGCCAUAAUAGAUAGGAUGAGUGGAUCUCGACAGAACGAAGCACAUUGCUUCAAUGAAAACUCUCCACGGCCACCAGUGCCUGGAGAGGAAACAGGAAACUACGUCAGCAGGUUCCGUCCACAGAGUCCAACUCUGACCCCUAGGCGUUCUUCUCUUGCAACACCAACAGCUUCAGGUUGCGAUGCUUCGGCACCUUUGGGAUUUGAACCGGAAGGUUGCUGUAGUACGACAACUAUGGAAAGUGAUUCACCACCUGCUUGCUUGCGGUGGGCCAGGAACCUGCAUUCCUUGCUGCAGGAUCCAGUGGGCUUGGAAUUGUUCAGAAAAUAUUUGGAUCAAGAAGGCAGACCUCAUGCCAAUCCUCUUAACUUCUGGUUUGCCUGUGAAGGCCUCAAGGAACAAGAUGAUCCUGAAAGGAUAAAUCAAUUGGUUAAACUUAUCUAUAGAAAGUUCUUUCUUAAGUCACAGUUAGCUAUACCAGAAGAUGUUCGAAAGGAGGCUAUUCGUCGGGUUAAAGAAGGAAGGGCAGAUGAAAAAGUAUUUGAUGCCGUACAGUUGGAAGUUGAACGUCUUAUUAAUGAGACUACAUAUCCAAACUUUCUUCGAUCCGAUAUGUAUCUUCAAUACGUUCAGUCCUGCCAAAAUCCGGAUUCUGGUGGAUGUCCUAGUUCGGGGUCCAGUCGAGAAAUGUCUGUUUCUUGUGGGCCAAGUUUAUUGCCCACUGUCCAUGAAGACAGUGAAUUUGUUAGUUCCAUACAUAGCUCACAUUCAGCUAGUGAAACGCCUGGGGAAUUGAGAGGUGAACUGAGAUUGACCAAAGAUAUGCUUAUGGCUACUCAACAAACUAGGGCGUUGGAUCUUCGGCCAAAGCCAGAAGCGUAUGCUGGCAUUUACUUGCAACAUGGAACUAGUCCAUAUCAUAUGCUCGCACCCAGACUGCACGCACAAUAUUCCUCAUAUAACCCAGUAUCCAGACAGGAUUCAGAACUUCAAAGCUUAAGCAGUGAUGCACGAACUGAGUCAGACAAUAUGUCUCUCACCGAUUCAUCAGUUGAUGGAGCAUCAAUAAGUAAACAACGAAGUAAAAAACAGUAUAUAAGACAAAGUAGAGCUAUUAAAGAUUCAGCUAGUUUAAAUCGUGAUCCGCUGGCGCAUCAUACUAUCAUCCCUCGUACACAGCGAGUACCGCGUGACUUAAUGCAUCCUCUGAAACCGGAAGAAUUUGCUCAAGUGCUUAUUGAGAAGUUGGAGAACGUUAAACGUGAACGAGAAUCUCAGGAAAAACUCGAUAGGCAUUUGCAAGAGAGUGAUGCAAUUAAUAAAGAUCCAUCAUUGGAAAUGUCAAGUGGAGCACUUAGCGCCAAAGCGCUAGCUGAUGCAUUACGAGAAAAGUUAAUGAUAGAAGAAGAUAACGAUCAAGCAAUUUUGGAUCAACAUGUGUCACGAGUUUGGUCGGAUCUAACGCCUUCUCGAUCUCCAGGACUUUCAUCUCCAAGACUGCAUUCGCCUGAAAGAAGACGUUCUACGCACAAUUAUCCACGACCGUACAAACAAAGAAAAGAAAAGGACGUGUUCUCUACAUUUUCAGCAGAUAGCGGUAAUAUUCACGAUUUUCAAGAAGGCAGCGAUCUUGUCGGAGCUGGCUCCAUGAGUUCAUUAGGAUCUCACUUGCCUAAAUCUAAAUCCGUGCCAUCUGAUUAUGCCGAUUCCCUCCAUAAACAAGACUUGUAUCUUCAAGGUCAUGAUCAAAGAUUCCGAAGGUCAGACAUGACUAGAAGAUCAGCCACAAAGAAAUCUAUGACGGAAUUAACUGAUAGUGGUGUUAGCGUUGUAAGUGAUGCACCACCAUCGACAAUUAGCAAAGAUAUUCGUCUUUUAUCGUGGCUUAAAGAAACUGACAAAAAAGCGGAUAUCAAACAUAGCCGUCAUGGGAAGAAGUAUGGUUCUCGUAGUGGCUCUUUGGAAAGGACAAACAGGGAAACAUGGGGUGUUCCUGCUCAACCUUUUGUUGCAGAUCCAGGAAUGCCACCUUUACCACAACCUCAUACAGCAACCCAAUUAGAAGAAGCAAGAAGAAGAUUAAUAGAAGAAGAUAGAGCACGUUCGAAUAAACAACGUCAUUCUAAUAUUUCUAAACAAUCAUCGUAUGAGCCUACAACACAAAGUCAAUCUUAUGUCCAAUCUAAUCAAUCAACGUUAAAGAAGACGAAGCAAGAUAUUGGAGAUUUUACCACCGUUGUGUUCAGUUUCUGUGACGAACAGUUUCCUUAUAGGACUAAAAUUCCUGGUCACAAUAUCACUUUAAAACAAUUUAAAGAAUACCUUCCUAAAAAAGGCAGCUAUCGAUAUUUCUUUAAAACCGAGUGCGAGGACUUGGAUACAAAGGUUAUUCAAGAAGAAAUAACCGACGAUUCUGAAGUCCUACCAUUAUGGGAGGGUAAAGUUAUGGCGCAAGUCAAGACGCUCGAGUGAUAGACUGAAACAAGGAUUAUUCUGAAAAAAAGAACGUGCUAUCUUCGAACAAGUGCCGCAACUAAUUUUAUUUAAGGAUGUACACUCUUUUGACGAUCCAAAAAAAAA